CGGUCUCCGCGCGAGUACGGUGGCUCGCGAGGCUUUCCCGCCCGGUGGUGUUCUGAGCGCGGCUCCGGCGAGGCUGGAAGAGUUCAGAAUCAGAUGGCAUGGCGUUAGUCACCUUGCGGAGAAACUUGUGUCACCUGUCUGAUUUUCGGGUAUAUGGAGCUCUGGUUGCUCUGAGAAGUCUCCCUGUAAAUCCCACGAACAAGGUGGUUACAGGGCAUCUGCAUCCUUGGUUCUCUUCACUGCUGCCUGAGCCUGCCAGGGUGCUGUCCCAUCCUGUCUGUGGGAAAAACUUCCAUUCAGAAAAUGGAAACAACCUUGCCCCACUUGGUGGGCAAAGGUUCCCUCAAGUUCACGACUGGGACGCACUUGACCAGAAUUUUAAAAACGAAGGUGAGCAGCUAUUUUACAGGAGACUGAACAGCCUCACCUCAUGGGAAGAAGUGUUAAGUUUCCUAAGCACACUGGAGAUUCUGCCUGUGACUUGGGCUGCGGGAGCUUUACGGCGCAUUUGUGAAGUGGAAAAAGGAGACAGUGAUCAAAGACUGUCGAAGGAAAUACUGGAGAAUAGCGCCUUUCAAGCCUUGUGCUUUCAGUUGGAACAGCAGCUGUCACGUCUGUCAAACACUGAUUUAGUGACUGCCUUACAAACUCUGAGUCUGUUGCAUGUGAAUCAUCAAAGUAGCCUGGUGCUGAACCUGGUGGCCGAAUGCCAGAAUCGUCUCCAAGCCGGUGUCCUGGAAGCCUCCAAUCUUUGCCUUCUCGGGGAAACUCUGAUUGGACUGCAGGAUCCGGGCUGUGUGACUCUAGGGCUGAUUAUACAUCAGCUGCAAGGUAAAAAACUGGAAACAUUUACCCCAGAGGAUGUUGUGGCCAUUUACAGAAUACUGCAGACCUAUUCUGAUAAAGUGAACCAGCACCAAACGUUUCUGAACAUGAUAAACAACUUCUCUCUUUCAGUGGUUUCCUACUUGAGCCCUAAGUCAGUCAGCCAGGUGCUGGCCGCCCUAGUGGUUCUUGAUCAAACUCAAGCCCAUCCUCUGAUUAUAAAAUUGGGUAGAUACGCUGUGCGGCACGUUCCUCAUUUCACCAACGAAGAGCUCAGGAAGGUCUUGGAGGCUUUCAUAUAUUUCGGACUCAGUGACAGGUUUUUUACAAAAGCCCUAGAGCAGCUCAUAGUCUCACACUGUCUCAGCCUGGAUCCUGGAGUUAUCAGCAGAGUCAUGGAGUACUGCAGUAGAAAACUGAUUCUUUCAAAACCUAUUUUUAAUGCAGUGGCAGAAACUUUUGUCUGCCAAUCAGAAAAGUUUUCACCUAGUCAGAUUUCUGAAUUAAUUGAACCAUUUGGCAAACUCAAUUAUUUGCCACCAAACGCCCCUGCUUUCUUUAGAAAGGUAGAAAAUGUGCUGUUCACCGAUUUCAAUCGUUUUCCUCCCAAAAUGCUCCUGCAAGUGCUCCAUUCCUGUUCCCUUAUUGAGUGCCAUCCAGUCAACUUCUUGCCAAAAAUAUUCAGCCCUUUUUUUCUUCAGCAGCUGCAAGGUGAAGAGUCAUACUUGGACAGAUUGAAUCUGGCACAGUUGACCCAGCUUUUCCUCACCUCUGUGCUGGAGUGCCCUUUCUAUAAGGGUCCGAAACUUUUGCCUAAAUAUCGAGUGAAGUCAUUCCUCACUCCAUGCUAUUCCCUGGAGACCCCAGUGGAUUUUCCGUUCUAUAAAUCUGUGAUGAUGGCACUGAUUGACCUCUUGGGAAAAAGAAUAUAUUUUGCUUCCAAAGUGUUGACGCCCUACUGCUACACCAUAGAUGUUGAAAUUAAAUUAAAUGAAGAAGGAUUUGCAUUACCAUUUACAGCUAAUGAAGAUGUCCAUAAAAGGAUAGCACUGUGCGUUGAUGGUCCAGAAAGAUUUUGCUCUAAUAGCAAUCACUUACUAGGAAAAGAAGCCAUUAAACAAAGACACCUGAGAUUACUUGGUUAUCAAGUUGUUCAGGUCCCCCAUCACGAGGUGGAGAUGCUCAAAUCGAGGCUUGAAUUGGUGGAAUACUUGCAGGGAAAACUCUUUCCUCAGAAAACUUCUGUUCUUUGGUAGCAAGGACACUGGCUUCGGAGCUCAAUAGUGAAUGAACUUGUCUUCUCAAGGGACACAGUUUACGAAAAGAAAAUGCUUUUUGAAUCAGUCAUGUUGCUGAAUUUUGUGUAUGGACUGGUGAUCCGAAAAGAGUCUGUGGUUUUCCUUAUACUGUGUAUGUAUUUAUUUGUAGCAAAUGUAAAAUUAAUACUAAUGUCAUAAAUAUUUUUACACAUCAGACAGAAUUG